AUGUCUUCCUUGAUCGAAGUUGUGUCGACGCGGGCUUCCAAGUCUCCAGGAUGGGCAUACGUCCCCGCUACCCGGUUCGAUGCCCCCGCCAACAGCCGCAGAGAGACCGGUGGCCGGAAACGAGCAGCGCGAGAGAUUGGCGGCGACACCAGCGGCGCGAGAUCCGAUCUUAAUUCAAGACAACGCAGCGCUAUCGCCAAACAUUUAGAAGCCCUGGAGAAGGAGAAUCAUACGGAAACAUCGAUUCCCGUACCGCAAAGACGUCAGAGGGAGCACACGCUCAAAGGUGUGAGAAGUAAGACCUCCUCCAACACUCGGAAGAUCAUUACCUCUGGGAAACAGUUCAAAAACUACCUUGCUGCGGAAGAACCGGCGACUCUCGCACUAUCAGCUUCAACAAUAACAACCGCAACAACUUUGAGCCAGCGUUCAAACGUUAUAAAACCAUCAGACACACCAGCUCCUCAAGCGGAUACCAAUGCCAACCGCCCUCUUCCCAAAUCAGCCAACCAGCCCUCCGAGUUGAUCGCAUCUGACUCUGAUAACGACCCCCUCAUACGAUCUUACAUUCCAUCAGCGCCCUCUGAACGCAUUAUGAUGGCCCUCGUCUCGGAGCCGCCAUUGUCAUAUCAGGCCUCUCGUGCCACAUUGCCGGCUAACAGUUAA